CAGCAGUCAGCACUGAGUUUGAGUACAGACUACUGAGUCAGUGUUUGUUCGGUGAAUUAUAGUGGGCUUUAUUUUGUCUUUUCACUUUUCAUUACAACUAGCCACUAGGUAAUAUCUACAAAGUACAAAGCGAUCGAUCUGUUAUCUUGGUUGGCUGUGCAUAGUGUGCAUUACUACGAUCACAAUCAUUUACCCUGUCGUGCAGAAACGUACGAUUAACUAAAUAAUAACCAAUAAUUGACUGCCUGCGUGCAUUAGACAAYAGACAGUUAAUAUAACAAAAAGGUUGUUGGUUUACUGUUUGAGUUACGAAGUCGAAAUGUCGAGCAACGAAGAAAAAGCCAUGGCCCUGUUAACCGAAGCGGACAAGAAGCUCAACUCGUCAAAAGGACUCUUUUCCUCGUUAUUUGGGAAUGUUUCUAAGGUAGAAGAUGCAAUUGAUUGCUAUCAACGUGCAGCAAAUUUAUUUAAGAUGGCAAAAAAAUGGUCACAAGCUGGUAGAGCAUUUAUUUUGGCUGCUGAUCUCAACUCUAAAUCGGGCCGUAAACAUGAUGCUGCUACAAAUUAUGUAGACUCUGCAAACUGUUUUAAAAAAACUGAUCCAAAUGAAGCAGCAAUAUGUCUGGAAAAAGCUAUCGACAUCUAUACAGAUAUGGGUCGUUUUACAAUGGCUGCGAAACAACAUCAAAAUAUAGCGGAAAUGUAUGAGACUGAAGCUGUUGAUCUAGAACGUGCUAUAACCAACUAUGAAAAGGCUGCAGAUUAUUUUAUGGCUGAAGAAAGUAAGAGUUCAGCUAACAAAUGCAAACUUAAGGUGGCACAGUAUGCUGCACAACUGGAAGACUAUGACCGAGCCAUUCAGAUAUAUGAAGAGGUUGCUGGGACAUCAUUAGACAGUUCUUUGUUGAAGUACAGCGCAAAAGAAUAUUACUUCCGAGCAGCUUUAUGUCAUUUGUGUGUUGAUGUGCUUAAUGCUCAACUGGCCAUGAAUCAAUACACUGAACGAUAUCCCGCAUUCCAAGAUAGUAGAGAAUACAAAUUAUUACAGAAUUCUGACUUUUUCCUUGAACCUGCAAGAAGCUUUGUUAAGAGUCAACUUGGGUGGACUAUUUGA